ACGUCCGGUCUCGGGCGGAAGUUUUCCGCCGGCGGACCGGGAAGUCGCUGAAGAUAGAGCGAUGGCAGUUCUCGGGCCCUCGCUCCGGGGCCGACCCGAGGCCACAGUGCCCCCGCGGUAGACCGGACUUGGGUGACGGGCUCCGGGUUCCCGAGGGAUGGAAGGGUCUAAGACGUCCAACAACAGCACCAUGCAGGUGAGCUUCGUGUGCCAGCGCUGCAGCCAGCCCCUGAAACUGGACACGAGUUUCAAGAUCCUGGAUCGUGUCACCAUCCAGGAACUCACAGCUCCAUUACUUACCACAGCCCAGGCGAAACCAGGAGAGACCCAGGAGGAAGAGACUAACUCAGGAGAGGAGCCAUUUGUUGAAACUCCUCGCCAGGAUGGCGUCUCUCGCAGAUUCAUCCCCCCAGCCAGUCCAUCCAGGCCAACCUUCGUGCUGAGUGUCCCUGUGGAAGACCAGCAUGGCCUUCCUUUGGGAGAGAGGAUGAUGUCCACAGAAAGCGCCAACAGCUUCACUCUGAUUGGGGAGGCAUCUGAUGGCGGCACCAUGGAGAACCUCAGCCGAAGACUGAAGGUCACUGGGGACCUUUUUGACAUCAUGUCGGGCCAGACAGAUGUGGAUCACCCACUCUGUGAGGAAUGCACAGAUACUCUUUUAGACCAGCUGGACACUCAGCUCAAUGUCACUGAAAAUGAAUGUCAGAACUACAAACGCUGUUUGGAGAUCUUAGAGCAAAUGAAUGAAGAUGACAGUGAACAGCUACAGAUGGAGCUAAAAGAGCUGGCACUAGAGGAGGAGAGGCUGAUCCAGGAGCUGGAAGAUGUGGAAAAGAACCGCAAGAUGGUGGCAGAAAAUCUUGAGAAGGUCCAGGCUGAGGCUGAGAGACUGGAUCAGGAGGAAGCUCAGUAUCAGAGAGAAUACAGUGAAUUUAAACGACAACAGCUGGAGCUGGAUGAUGAGCUGAAGAGUGUUGAAAACCAGAUGCGUUAUGCCCAGAUGCAGCUGGACAAGCUGAAGAAAACCAACGUCUUUAAUGCAACCUUCCACAUCUGGCACAGUGGACAGUUUGGCACAAUCAAUAACUUCAGGCUGGGUCGCCUGCCCAGUGUUCCUGUGGAAUGGAAUGAGAUUAAUGCUGCUUGGGGCCAAACUGUGUUGCUGCUCCAUGCUCUGGCUAAUAAGAUGGGUCUGAAAUUUCAGAGGUAUCGACUUGUUCCUUAUGGAAACCAUUCAUAUCUGGAGUCUCUGACAGACAAAUCUAAGGAGCUGCCGUUAUACUGUUCUGGGGGGUUGCGGUUUUUCUGGGACAACAAGUUUGACCAUGCAAUGGUGGCUUUCCUGGACUGUGUGCAACAGUUCAAAGAAGAGGUUGAGAAAGGCGAGACACGUUUUUGUCUUCCCUACAGGAUGGAUGUGGAGAAAGGCAAGAUUGAAGACACAGGAGGCAGCGGCGGCUCCUAUUCCAUCAAAACCCAGUUUAAUUCUGAGGAGCAGUGGACAAAAGCUCUCAAGUUCAUGCUGACGAAUCUUAAGUGGGGUCUUGCUUGGGUAUCCUCACAAUUUUAUAACAAAUGACUUUUUUUGUUUAGGGAGAGGUUUGCCUUAAAGGCUUUAAAUUUUGUUUGCAAACAUGUUUUAAAUUAAAUUUGGGUAAUAUUAAACAGCACGUUUACAAUACCAAAAAAGAAAAAAAUACACAAAAGCCACUUUAUUUUAAAAUAUCAUGUGACAGUUUCCAGACCUACAACAUGCCAUGUAUAGCUGCCAGCCCUUGUCAUAAUUUUGACUCUUAACGCCAUGGACUCCUUUUUCCUUCUUCCCUGAAAACAACUAAUUUAAAUUUGCUUUUUUUUAAAAAAACUGAGUUGAAUUGAGAUUGAUGUGUUUUCACUGGAUUUUAUCUCUCUCAGCUUCCUGCACUUAACAAUAUGAAACAGAAACUUUUUUCUCUACUGAGACGAGGAUAUGUUUGAGAUGCACAGUUGGAUAAUGUGGGAAAAUGACAUCCAAGCUUUAGCUGGUCACCAUGUGAUGUAUGUGAUCAGACGCUUGAAAUUUAACACUUCUCACUGGUUCUCAUACUGAAUGCUGACUCUGCUCUGUGUUAGAGAUAUGAAAUAGUGUUUGAUACUAUUUGAGACAUUACGGAGAGAUUUAAUUAUUUGUAAUAAAAGAUUUGCUACAGUCUGAAAACUG